GCCGCCCGCCAGUCCGCCAGUCGCCCGCGCCACCAUCUCCCCCAAGCCCGGCGGCAUCUGAAGAGGAGAUGGCGCCGCUCGUGCCGUCGUCGCAGCCAUGGGUGGAGAAAUACCGGCCGAGGCAAGUGAAGGACGUCGCGCACCAGGAGGAGGUGGUCCGGGUGCUCACCAACACCCUCCAGACCGCCGACCUACCACACAUGCUGUUCUACGGCCCGCCUGGGACGGGGAAGACCACCACUGCGCUCGCCAUCGCCUUCCAGCUCUACGGUCCAGAGCUCUACAAGUCAAGAGUUUUGGAACUUAAUGCUAGUGAUGAACGGGGAAUUAAUGUGGUGAGGACGAAGAUAAAAGAUUUUGCUGCUGUGGCUGUUGGUUCUGCACGGAAAGCUGGUUAUCCCUGCCCACCAUACAAGAUUAUUAUACUAGAUGAAGCAGAUUCAAUGACAGAAGAUGCCCAGAAUGCGUUGAGGCGUACUAUGGAGACUUAUUCCAAAGUGACAAGAUUCUUUUUCAUAUGCAAUUAUAUCAGCAGGAUAAUAGAGCCACUGGCAUCAAGAUGUGCAAAGUUUAGGUUCAAGCCUCUAUCAGAAGAUGUGAUGACCAACCGCAUCUUGCAUAUAUGCAAUGAAGAAGGGCUCACUCUGGAUGCUCAGGCAUUGUCCACAUUAAGUGCCAUCUCUCAAGGAGAUCUUCGUCGUGCUAUAACUUACCUUCAGAGUGCAGCUCGCUUAUUCGGAUCUUCUAUUUCUUCCAACGACUUGAUUAGUGUUUCAGGGGCUAUCCCUGAAGAUAUUGUCAAGUCAUUGCUAGCAGCAUGCAAAUCUGGUGAAUUUGAUGUGGCAAACAAGGAAGUUAGCAACAUUAUUGCAGAUGGAUAUCCAGUUUCCCAGCUGCUCUCACAGUUUCUAGAUGUGAUUGUCAAUGCGGAUGAUAUUCCAGAUGAGCAGAAGGCAAGAAUAUGUAAAAAGCUUGGGGAAGCGGAUAAGUGCUUGGUCGAUGGGGCAGAUGAGUACUUACAGCUUCUGGAUAUGGCUAGCGAGACAAUCCGUGCUCUUCUUAACAUCCCCCAAGGUCUGGUCUUCUAAGAGAAGAUCAUGGAGAUGAACAGGGAUAUUGAUGCCGGUUGUCUGCAAACGAUGGCAAAUAUAUCUUGCGCCUCCUUCCAGUUUAAGAUGCAGAAGAAGCCUAGCCUCACUCUUGUCGUACUCUUGUGUUAUUUUUAGUCUAGGUAACGCUUUAUAUGCGAUGAACUCACCUAUCCUUGACCAACUGAAUUGUGCCUGAAUAUGUCACAGCUUCGGCUUGUCACCGCGUUCAUCAUACUUGCUUUCUCUUGCAUCA